AUGCAAUUGAUCAAUGCUGGUAGACAUGGGCAUGGUCAUGGACAUCAUGGACAUGGACAUCAUGGACACGGUGGUACCAAUCAUACUCAAUGUCGUCAAGCUCAAAAAUUUUUCAAUCAAUGGUGGCCUCAAUCAGCACUUGCUAGUGCCUUUCAAACGUUAUGUUAUCGAGUAGGAGCUACACAAGCUUGGACUACUCUUCAAGGGUUAUUAGGUGUUCCAGUUACAGGAACAUUGGAUCAAGCGACAUUUCAAGCUCUUCUAAAUAAUAAUAAUCAUGCAUUAUUGGUACAACAAUUACUUGCAGGUGUUACAACUCCUUAA